AUGGAAUGGUUCUAUGACGACCAUCUCGCCAAAGAUCAAGAUCGUGAUAAGGUAGCUGAAAAAAUAGCACAUAGUUUAUGGCCAUAUGCUCCAGUAUAUUAUAUAAAUGCCACCAAAACCUCGGUGUCUAUGGCAGCAGGUAUACAUGCAGAUGAAAACGGGCUCCCUGUUUCAGAUAGCACAACAGAACUCUGCCGAAGAACGGAAAAUGAGAAGUUGAUGGAAGUACAUGCUGAGUUUGUAAAUGCCAAAGAAGCGGCACUCACGAAUGGGUGGGAUCUGAAGGAAUAUGACUUACAGGUAGAGACGGAAGAGAAGGUAUUGCGCCAGCAAAAGACAGAGUUGUGCAGAUCUAUCUACGAGAAAAGGAGUGAGACAAUCAAAGACAUUCCUUUCUUUUGGUUAAAUGCUUUUAUAAGUCAUGGUGCACUUGCCGAUAUCUUGAACGAAAACUAUUAUAACAUAUUCGGAUAUUUAGAGUGUGUAAAUGUUGAAGAAGCUGAAGAUCCAACACUUAUGUAUAUGAUUACUUUAAACUUUAAUGAUCGAAAUCCAUACUUCGAAAAUGCAAGUCUUACGAGAACUUUUUCACAUUGCGUUGAAGGAGUGGACACAAAUGGUUGCACCAUCAAGUGGAAGGAUAGCUUCCGCAAUGGACGUGAAUAUCCUAGGGACCAGAAUGUGGGUUUCUUUACUUGGUUUUCUGGCUGUGGCCAUGGUUCGACAGGGAAAUCUUGA